CAGCCCAACAUUCAAACCCUAACCCUCCCCUCUCACUCACUGCUCUCCUCGAUCUCUCUCUCUCACUCACUAUUCUCUCUUUCACGGUCGACAAUUCCUCUCACACCGGCUCUCUAAAGCACGACAACUACCUCUCGCCGGCUCUGUCAUAUACAAGCUCCAGUCCACUGCACCAGAUUGUGGCCGAACCUUCCCGUGGAGUUCAACGGCAAUAGUCCAUGCGUUCCCCAGAGAGACCCUUUUGAAGGUGAAAUCCAAUGGCAGGGAAUGCUGCAAAAGCCGUGGUGAAGGCAGUUGGAGAAUACCAGUAUCCAUGGCGUGAGAAGUUGGUAAAGUAUAAGAAUGAGUUAUCCAAAGGAGUUUGGGGUUACUGGGAGUUGGGAGCAUGGAAGCCACUUGGCCUUAGUGCACGUCGGCGAGCUCGACUCCGCAAGGAAGUUCUCCUUGCUGGGCAAGAUUGGCAUUAUGAUCCAGAGAGGAAAGAAAUGAGAACCAAGAGGAAAGGACACAAACACGAUAGAGUAGCUGCCGAGAAGCGAGAAAACACGGCUAGAUUGAUGGAGAAAAUGCCACAAAUGUUGCUUGACUACAAGAAGCGCAGGUGGGAGAAAAAGAUGAAGGAAGAAGACAAGACCAAGCCUUGAUUUUGCGAGUGCCUGUGAACUUUUCUUGUGGAGACAAUUUUGUUGGUUAGUUUCAUGAACUUGGUAUUUUGCCUUCCUUCAAUGUUUGCAAUAACAAGUUUGGCUCUUUUUAGACCGUAUAAUGUCAAAACUUAUUAUACAUGUUUCAAUUGCAUAGAAUCAAAUAUUCUCACUACAUGUCUGUGAAAUAAGACGUGAUCAUUUUUUA